AUGCCAAACCAACAAAAGAAAGUCAUUUUUUGCAUGGCUGGGGUGUUAAGCUUCGUGUGCGCCCUUGGAGUGGUGACAGCCCUGGGAACACCGUUGUGGAUCAAAGCCACCUUCCUCUGCAAAACGGGGGCUCUGCUCGUCAAUGCCUCUGGGCAGGAACUGGACAAGUUCAUGGGCGAAAUGCAGUACGGGCUUUUCCACGGAGAGGGCGUGAGGCAGUGCGGGUUGGGAGCGAGGCCCUUUCGGUUCUCACUUUUCCCAGACUUGCUCCAAGUGAUCCCUGUGAGCAUCCACGUCAAUGUCAUCCUCUUCUCCACAAUCCUGGUCGUUCUAACCAUGGUGGGAACAGCCUUCUUCAUGUACAAUGCUUUUGGCAAGCCCUUUGAAACCCUGCAUGGUCCACUAGGGUUGUAUCUUUUGAGCUUCAUUUCAGGCUCCUGUGGCUGCCUUGUCAUGAUACUGUUCGCCUCUGAAGUGAAAAUCCACCACCUCUCAGAAAAAAUUGCAAAUUAUAAAGAAGGGACUUAUGCCUACAAAACGCAAAGUGAAAAAUACACCACGUCGUUCUGGGUUGUUUUCAUUUGCUUUUUUGUUCACUUUUUGAAUGGGCUCCUAAUACGACUUGCUGGAUUUCAGUUUCCUUUUGCGAAAUCUAAAGACACAGAGACAACUAAUGUAGCUGCAGAUCUAAUGUACUGA